AGUAGUUUAGAACACAAAAAUGAUAUUACAAGCAAAACAGCCCUCUUCACGGUAGAGCCUCCGAGAAACUUCGCAGGAACUGGCUCUUGGAUCAUGGUGAUUGAUUUAAGUAGUUGCUGCUGUUGAUGGUAGAUUGACCCUUAGUUUGGUUGGGGAUGGGACAAACUUUUGACUUGUUGGUAUUGGCUGUAUGAGGAAUAAACUGCUUCUUUAACUAGCUUUUGUCCUGCCAAUGAGCUCUAGCUGAACUAGCACCUCCUCCCCUUUCAAGUUCUAGAGGAGGGUGAGGUUGUGGGUACCAGACCGAUUGAUCAUUUGUCAGCAAACAUUUAUCUUGACACUAGUUUGAAUCUGCCAUACUCCUUUCCCCCCCCUUUUGGAUUUUGGGGUCUUUACUGGUGGUCUGCAGCAGGAUUCGGCAUGGAUUUCCAGUGGCCCAGGAGAAGGGCCUGAGCUUGAAAUCAAAGCCAGAUUCAUGAGCUUUGAGUGGAGUGGGAAGUUUGGAUGGCCAAAACAUUUUCAGCCUCCCUGUGAAUUUCAGUUGGACUGUUUUGUGACAUCUAGUUGUUCCUCUACUUCUGUUUGACAAAAAUUUGGUUUGAAUGGAUAAUUAUGGGAAUUUUAGAUGAAAAAUUGGAAGUUUUAUAUUGGGUUAUGUCAUGAGAUGAUGGUCAGCUGUCUAAAUCCAAGCAGUCAAUGUUGCUCUAUAUGUUUCGAUGCUAAACAUUAAUAUUGCAAACUGGGAUUUUGUUCUCUAGAGGCCAUGCUCUUUCCUUAUUCCUAAUUAUAAAUUAAUUUUGACAAUGUUUGCCUCCUUUUUUGUUUGUAUAUAUUCUAGAUCAAAUAUGCCAGGCAUGGAUUUUUAAUGCGUUUUAGUGUUUACUUAUUCCUGUUCAGGAACUAAGAAUUUGUUGCUGAAAGCAUGGCCAAGCAUCAUCCAGAUUUGAUUAUGUGCCGAAAGCAGCCAGGAAUUGCUAUUGGGCGACUUUGUGAGAAAUGUGAUGGGAAGUGUGUGAUCUGUGAUUCCUAUGUCCGCCCUUGCACACUUGUUCGAGUUUGUGAUGAAUGCAACUAUGGGUCCUUUCAGGGUCGGUGUGUUAUCUGUGGAGGAGUGGGAAUUUCUGAUGCCUACUACUGCAAAGAGUGUACGCAGCAGGAGAAAGAUAGGGAUGGAUGUCCAAAAAUUGUUAAUUUAGGGAGUGCCAAAACAGACCUAUUCUAUGAACGUAAGAAAUAUGGUUUUAAGAAAAGAUGAUGAGCGCUGGAUAGACGUGUCUGGAACUUAUUAAUUGCUUUUAUUUAGUGUGAGACUACGAAUCUUGAUAUGUAAGCAGUGCUUUUAGAAUGCUUUUAUGUACUAAAAUAUUGAUGACGAUGACAUAAUAGUUUUUGAAAUGCUGGAUAUAUGUUAAAAAGUUGUCGAGUGUUUGUUUUCUUA